AGUUUCAUUCUACAUUGCACACAGCAACUCUUCUGAAACAAUAAAUAAUAAAGGUGCAAACGUUUCGUUUUGUAGACAAGAAAAAAAUGUUCAAAGCUUUCAUUACUAUAGCUUGCAUACUCUUUAUUCAUGGCGCUGUUGCCAACGUAAAUGAAUCGAUGACAAUCAGGAUUUUUGACCCGGAUGUUGAAACCAUUUCAAGGGAAGAAGUUGAGAAACUUGUUCAGCAAGCAAAUUUGUUAAGUCUAGGAUACAAAAAAAUCACAGAAAUUAAGACCGUAACGGACUUUCAGUCAGGAUUACCAGUAAGGAAAGAGGCGUUAAGGUUUUUAAAGAAAAUGCGCUGUAGUGAGUUUGUGGAGGCUGAAAAACUGCUGAAUGAGCUCUUUCCUGGAUCUCUGAAUGAGGAUGUCGCACGACGAACGAAAUUGAAAAUGAAAGAAUUACAUCUGAAAAACAAGCAUGCUAUGUGUAUCUCUGGCAUUGAGUUUCAUUUCAGUGUAUGUGAACAAGGAAGAUCAAAACGUGCAGCUAGAAGACACCAUUGCUGUAGAAGAAGAUGUUUAAUGAUUGAUGAAAUCGAACAGUAAUGACUUCGAUUCGUAUUUUUAAGGCUUUUGAUAUUGGCAUAAAUUUAUAAUUAAUGAAAUCACGAUAGCAAACUAGUAUGAUUUGAAAUAAAUGAUUUUGGAACAGCAUUGCAA